GGUAGGCGGCCGGAAAGGAUCCUGUAAUAUUGAACUCGACCUGGGAGAGAAAGUUGGAGAGAGAGAGACAGAGAGAUCCUUCGCUUCCCCCAAGCCUUCGAGGAAGUCCUAUUUUCUCUCCUUCGCUAUUUCCUUCUUCUUUAUUUGCCUCGUUGUGAAAUUCAGAAUACAGGAGAUAAAGAAAAAGAGACGAUAAACGUGGAAUAGGUGAAAUUUAAAAAAGGGAGAGAUAAAGAAAAAGAGAUGAUAAAUGUGAAUUAGGUGAGAAUUCAGAAUAAAGGAGACAAAGAAAAAGAGACGAUAAACAUUGAAUAGGUGAAAUUAAAAAAAAAGGAGUGAUAAGAAAAAGAGACGAUAAAUGUGGAAUAGGUGAAAUUAAAAAAAAAGGAGUGAUAAGAAAAAGAGACGAUAAAUAUGGAAUAGGUGAAAUUAAAAAAAGGAGAGAUAAAGAAACGGAGACGAUAAAUGAGCAAAUAGGUGAAAUUCAGAGGAAAAAAGAGAAGAUAAAUGAGUGAAUAGGUGAUAAUUCAGAAUAAAGGAGAGAUAAAGAAAAGAGAGAUAAAUGAGUGAAUAGGUGAUAAUUCAGAAUAAAGGAGAGAUAAAGAAAAAAGAGAGAAGAUAAAUGAGUGAAUAAACAAAAUUCAGAAUAAAGGAGAUAAAGAAAAAAAGAGAGAGAUGAUAAAUGAGUGAAAGAACACCUAAUGCAUUAUUAACGAAAGUAGGAAAGAAAACUAUCGACGAAAGUGGGUAAGAAGGAGAAAGACGGACAAUAAAGACUGGAAGAACGAGAAAAGAAAAGUAAAAAUGAUUGGAGUAGGAAGCUUUCGCGUCGUCAUUCUAUCCAUCUUGGGGAUGCUGAUGCUACUAGGGAAUCAUGGGAGUCACGUCAGAGGAGAUUCGGAAAACAUCAGUGGAUGCCUCAGAGGAACAGGAUGUUCACAGUGCCCAAAGACCCGAUACACACUGGACCCAGAUGGACAGAUGCUGUGUUGUCCAGGUUGCUCAGCUGCAGUCCUUUACCACGGGAAGAAUCCUUCUGACUGGUGCAUUUGCACUAAAGAAUCCUUUCCCAGUGGCUCACAGUCCAAGACUCUGAAGUUCCCAGGUGGCAUCAGUUCUCGAAGUCCCAUUAUCACGGGCAGCGGAGGGAGUUCUUCCAACGCUUUCCCUGUGUAUGGAUCCAGCUACGGGCACGGCGGGACAGUGAACACAAAGCUGGACGAUGCUCUCUAUAUCCUCAACCAUGGCAACAUCAGGAGCAGCCAGGUCUCAGAGGCAGUGCACCAAGCCAUCACCCUGAUGGCUGACACUAUCGAAGAACUCAAUUUGAGGCUCACCCGCCUGGAGGACAUCAUCUUGAAUUCUGGUGCUGGACAACAAGGGCAGAGCAUAGAUCGCCUGGGGUCUGCCGCAGCUUCACCAACCUCUACGGAAACCACACCGGCGACGGUGCCCCCUUCGCCUACUGGAGGAAGGCCCUGCCCUUCCAAGAACUUCACCAGGAUAGGGAAUAGCUGCUACUACGUCUCUGCCUGGAAGGAUCACCGCACUGUGUGGGAGAAAGCCAGCAAGCUCUGCGAAGACAUGGGUGCCAAACUGGCCGAACCACUCACCUACCCUGAUUUGGACGAACUCUCCCAGUAUCUUUCCUUAGCCAAGGCAACGACAGGGUACAGCUACUGGUUGGGCGGCCUAUAUCUUGGGUCACCCUGGCUGUGGUCUUACGCUGGAACACCGGUGAACCUCAGCUCCGGCUACUGGAUAGGUAUCGACUCCAACGGCAAGUCGGUGUCACCCGGAGACCCGGCUCCUGGAAGGUGUCUCGCCUUCUCGUACCUCUUCAGCUCCAAGAAUUACUACUAUGCUGCUGAUCAGUGCGGCUUCGAGAAGUUCUACAUCUGCGAGCUUCUUGACAAGUCUCAUAGGCGUCUUUAGAGUGGAGUCAUCGUCUUUCUUCUGUUUUAUCAAUACAUAAAUUAUUCUCUAAAACGUUCCUAAUGUCAUGUAAUGGCUGGUUUAUGUUCACACAUGCGCAUACAUGUUUCAGAUGUACACAUACGUAAAAAAACAAAUCACAAAUAAAUUAGUUUUUAGACUGUCACUAACACAAUCUGAUGAUCUGAAAAUUAUGAUCUGUGAGGUUGAAUCUCAAAACGCGUGAAUUUUCCCAUGCAUCAUAUAAUAUAAUAUUCACUGACUAGGCUUCAAGGCUAGGUACGUUUACGCAUUGAUGCUUAUGCUUCACAAACUUUGAAAAUCCGGUAGUUUUCAAACAUCUUACAAUUAUUAUGAAAUGAAAAUGAAUUACCAAGUAGGGUCCUCAUCUCAGGGCAUUCCAUGUAACAAUCAUAUUGAUCUGACAUGAUGUUUCUAGACUUAUCUCUUGAAAACAAUAAAUUAUAUGAGCCAUA